UCUCAGGUAUCUGCUAACGUCGGCGAAGCACAGAUAAGAGCGGGUCUGUGAGACGGAGAUAAGGGCGAGAGGCGGGUCACGCAUUACAGAGGAGGAUCGGAAAAGAACAGCGGAAGCGGCUGAAGUCUCCCUAAAGAAGUGCGCUGUUCAAGGAUCAAAAGCCAGAGAUUCCACGUCUCAAGGGGUGAACUGUGCUGAUUUGUGCGCACUUUCUGGAGUUCGUUUCUUAACACUUGUUUCUAUAUUUGACCUUGAGUUCCUACUUCAUACCUGGACUUAUAACUAAUCACUCGACCAGUCAUGGCCAACUCCGGACUCCAGUUACUUGGCUUUGUCAUGGCUCUUUUGGGCUGGAUAGGACUGAUAGCUGCCACCAUCCUGCCCCAAUGGAGAAUGUCGUCUUAUGCGGGGGAUAAUAUAAUAACGGCGGUAGCCAUAUACCAAGGUCUAUGGAUGUCCUGUGUCACCCAGAGCACAGGACAAAUUCAGUGCAAGGUCUAUGACUCCCUUCUACAAUUGGACACUGCUCUGCAGGCAACAAGAGCGCUUAUGGUGCUCUCUAUUGUGGUGGGAGUCUUUGGCCUUGCAGUUUCUACUAUGGGGAUGAAAUGUACUAAGUGCGGAGGGGAUGAUAAAGUGAAGAAAGCUCGCAUUGCCAUGACUGGAGGCUUUGUCUUCUUGCUUGCAGGUCUAGCUGCUCUCAUAGCCUGCUCCUGGUAUGGCCAUCAAAUAAUCCGGGAUUUCUAUAACCCACUUACCCCAGUCAACACAAAGUAUGAGUUUGGAGCCGGAGUUUUCCUUGGCUGGGCUGGAUCUCUUCUGGUCAUUCUUGGUGGUGCUCUGUUAGCUUGCUCUUGUCCACGUAAAAACAACUACAAUACCAGAUAUCCCAAGGGCGGUGCACGCACCAAGGCCCCUUCAAGUGGCAAAGAAUAUGUCUGAUUUCUUUUGGGGUUUUGUUUUUAAAUCUGUUGAAAGCAGCAUGUCCCCUGUCUCUGGAGACUCCCAGCACCCUGCGAUACAGCACUGAAGGCGCAACAGAAUCUUGCUCAAAGAUGACUGCUUGGCAACUUUCUUCUUACUACUUGUGCACAAAAAGGAAGUUACUAGAUGGCCAUGUUUUAGGAAGCAGCACUGUUUUGCGUAAAAUGGGAUGUUUUUUCGUGGGAUUCCCAGUUCUCAGAUUUCAAGCUCUAUACAAGGAGUAUAGGGGUCAGCUGCAUUUUAUUUCUCCUCCUCCCUAAAUGUGUUUGUGUUUUUUUUUUUGUUUUUUUUUUUGGAGGGCAGUAGUUUAUUUGUGUAAGUGACUUACUCUAAAAGCUGCCUGUUUCACCCUCACCCUGUUUUUUUUUUUAAUACUUAAACUCCCAUGUUAUAAUUUGAGGAAGCACAUACUACAAAAAAGAAGUUGCAGGAGACUAUGGCAAAACUCACUACCAGGACUUUCCCACAUAUAUGGCAUUUUUUUCAUAUUUUUAGCAGGUGUUCAAUUCUAAUGUUUUUGUAAAUAAAAAAAUGUUUUUGAAAAUAGAAA